AGGAGUUGGCGACUUCGGGUCGGAGGAGGCUGGUGACCAGUGUGUGGCGGGCAGGGGCAUCAUGGAGCGAGCUAAAGAAAACUUCAUUUCCGGACCCAUUAAGGCCACCCUGGCACACAGCGACGGCCCCAAGCGUGUCCCGGUGAUGCAGCGGAUUCCUUCUCAGAACCCGCUGUCCUCUAGUGGUGGCCAGGCCCAGAGGGUCUUGUGUCCCUCGAAUUCCUCCCACAGUGCCCCUGCCCAGGCACAGAAGCUGGCCUCCAGUCGAAAACCCUUGCCGAGCCAGAGCCAGAACCUAAAGCGGAAGCCCUUGCAGAUGACUGCCGCCCCCCGGCCCGUUUCUCAGCCACCGAGCAACCCCCCGAAGACCGAGCAGGCCCUGCCACCACCGCCACCAGGGUCUGGAAAUAAUUCUGUGAAGGAGCUGGCACCAAAACAGAAAAAAGAAGAAUCAAAAAAGAGGCAGUGGGCCUUGGAAGAUUUUGAGAUUGGCCGCCCACUGGGCAAGGGGAAAUUUGGUAAUGUUUACCUGGCGAGAGAGAAGCAGAGUAAGUUCAUCCUGGCUCUGAAGGUGCUCUUUAAAGCUCAGCUGGAGAAGGCGGGGGUCGAGCACCAGGUCAGGAGAGAAGUGGAGAUCCAGUCUCACCUCAGGCACCCCAACAUUCUCAGGCUGUAUGGUUACUUCCACGACGCCACCAGGGUGUACCUCAUCCUGGAGUACGCCCCUCUGGGAACCGUCUACAGAGAGCUCCAGAAGCUUUCCAAGUUCGAUGAGCAGAGGACAGCCACAUACAUCACAGAAUUGGCAGACGCCCUGUCCUACUGUCAUUCCAAGAAAGUUAUUCACAGAGACAUUAAACCAGAGAACCUGCUCCUGGGCCCCACUGGGGAGCUGAAGAUCGCGGAUUUCGGGUGGUCGGUGCACGCCCCAUCUUCCAGGAGAACCACCCUGUGCGGCACGCUGGACUACCUGCCUCCCGAGAUGAUCGAGGGCCACAUGCACGAUGAGAAGGUGGACCUCUGGAGCCUCGGCGUCCUUUGCUAUGAAUUUCUGGUUGGGAAACCCCCUUUUGAGGCAAACACGUACAAAGAAACGUACGACAGAAUUUCACGGGUUGCGUUCUCAUUCCCCGAGUCGGUCACAGUGGGUGCCAGGGACCUCAUUUCAAAGCUGUUGAAGCAUAAUCCGAGCCACAGGCUGACUCUGAAGGAACUCCUGGAGCACCCCUGGAUCACAGCCAAUUCGUCCAAACCCCCAAGCAGCCAGAACAGAGAGCCAGCUGGCCAGCCAUCGUAGGAACCUUACAGGGGACCAUCUGAGCCAGAGCUGCGGUGGGCUCCAACAGGGAAAUUAGUGCCACGGAACCCUCGUCAUCUGCAGACCACCCGCCCUGCACCGAGCGCCGCAGGUGGGGUGGCCUGUCUAUGGAGCAGGCUUCGGCCUCCCUAUUCAGAAAGCCCCACUUCUGCCCAUGUGAUGUCCGCUGAACUCACCGGCUGCACGGGCAGCUGCACGGGCACUGGGAAACAGGCUGAGGCUGGUGGCGGGAAGUGCUGCCCGCGCCCCGAUCUCCACCCCAGGAGGCCCUUGUGCAAUAGCCUCCCUGCUCCUGCGUGUGUGUAACUUAUUGGGUGCUUUCAUUGUUCUGAUAAAGACUUUGGCAGACCGAUUUUUACUUCGAUUGUAUCCCUGCUGGCACAUGCAGGGCACUCAGCCCCCUGCCAUCUGCCUGGGUUUCUGGCCCACUCUUCCUCACCCCUGUCCCGGGUGGCCUUUCAGACUGGCACAUGCUCCAUCUCAGGUGGGCCUGGUUCUGGACUCUGGUGAGACUGCAGAUCUCCCUGCUGAGGGCUAGGUUUUUAAUCACACAGUUAGGGCAUGUGUGUGCACUGUAAACAUGAAUGUGUAAAUAAAUGCAGUACCCUUC